GACAUCUAAAAUUUAAAAAAUGUAUAUUAAUACUACUCACACCCCAGACAAAAAAAAUUCCUAUUUGAACAAAUUUAAUAAAAAAAGAAUCUAAACAACAGAUAAAGAAAACAAGUAUAUCAAGUCAUUUAUUAUUUCAGAGUUUAGAAUCUUAGCAAUUUGAGCACAAAUGAUGAUUGCAAAUCUUAUUGCGAUAGUGUUGAUCAUUAUCGACAGGAAAAUCAUGAACUUAAAAAACUAGUGUUUUAGUUGAAAUUUGAAAUGUAGAUUGUUAAUAAAUAUUCUAAGGAAAUCCCAAUUAGAAUCAUGUUUGAUAGAGUAGAAGCAUAACCUAAAAUCUGUAGUUUAAAAAUAUAAAUCAUUUAUUGAUGAGUUGAUGAUUCAAAAAAAUUAAGUUAGUUCAGAAUGUGAUGAGUGGAAGCAAAAAUGCGAAUAAUAAUAAUAAAUAAUUGAACAAUAGAGAUAAUAAAUUUAUAAUCAAUCUUAAGUUAUUCAAUAGAAUUUAUUCACAAUCCAAAAUAUUUAGCAAGAAUUUCAAUAGGAAUUCAUGCAGAACUAAAUGGAAGUACAAUAAAUAAUGAAUUUGAAAGAUUAAACUAUCGAUGAAUUAAACUAAAUUAUUUAAUAACAAUAAUUAUUAUGA